CUCUGUACGGCGGAAAGAACAGGUGCAAGAUAGAGAGAGAGAGAGAGGGAGAGAGAAAGAUAAUGAGCGCGGGCUGCCCGUCUAUCAAUUGUAUGCGAGAGAGAAACGUCGAUGCAGAGAGCCGUACCGUGCAUUAAGGUGCCUUUCCACAGCGCGAAAUUGGAACUGUCGGUGGAGAAGCAGCGCAAAGGAACAGAUUCUUCCAAAUCAGUGCUCAGCAACUCGCGUCUGGCUGGCGCGUUGCUGCGUACAGUGCUGCGUAAUGAUUUUCUCCAAUUGACUACCACCACGUGGUAGACUGAAGCGACUGAUAGCGCUGGCAUGUGCGUGUACCGACCGACGCGACCGAUGGGACGCGUGCAGGUGAGAAGAACAAUAAACAUUAUGCACACUUUCGAUCACUACUGUAAAUGGUCACGUUUUAGGUUUGUGCUGUGUCUGCUCGUGCUGUGCAGGAUCGCGUUGGAGUCACAAUUUAUCUGCCUUCGUUGCACAUUCCAACCGUCGAAGCGCUAAACGUUUAUAAAUGCGUUUGCAGCGGCUUGGACGGAAGAUUCGUUGUGCAGCGAUCAUCAUGGCGUGUGGUUACUCCUGUUGGGUUGUGGUUCUACUGCUGAGUGCUGGAGUGUUUAGUACAGUCAGCUGUGGCCUCGGUACACCCUGUAAGGUGCUGUGCGAAAAUGGCGCUGAAAUGAUUCCCUGUGAUAGGAAGACGGAGAUUUUCAACUGCUGCGGCCCAUGCAGUGAAGCUACCUGUGACAACCCUUCACCGACGCAGGAAUGUGCGGAAGGAUGUAAGGCCGGUUGCUUCUGUAAGGCCGAUCACGUUCGACUGCAUGCCGGUGGGCCAUGUGUACCGAUCGGAAACUGCAAGCAGCAGCGAAAAUAA